AUGCCAAAACAAGCGCCAGAUUUCAGGGCAAGAAAGCAGGCGGCUUCAAAUUCAACGAACACUUCUUUUAAGGCGAGAUCUGUCGCAUUACCUGGACAGAGUAUUCUUAAGGAUAUCGACGAGAAUGAACCACGCACAAAACGGAACUUAACACUCAAAGAUUUGAUAAUACAUAUGAAGCAUUAUUCAGCUAAUGUGCGAAAAGAUGGUUUAUUGGGUCUACGAGAGUUGAUAACAAACUAUCCAAGCACUAUACAGCCAAAUCUAAGCACUAUAAUUGAUGGAAUCACUCGUAUUAUUGUUGAUGAAGAUGCUGGCGUUCGCAAGACAUUACAGUCAUUCGUAUCUGAGCUAUUUCCAAGAAUACCUGCUCAAAGUUGGACGCCAUUCUCUCCUAUUUUGUUGUUAUUCACUGCAUCAGGUCUCUCACACAUCUUCCCCGAAGUUAGACUAGAUAGUAUUAAGUUCUUAGAUAUUCUGAUCGAUUUUAUCCCAGAUUUCGUCGUACAGGGCUGGGCUGGUAGAUCUUUAUCUAAUAAUGUUACUUCAAUUGGUGGUAGGCAGAUUAUUGAAUGCUAUAUGGCAUUGCUUAAUGCCAAGGGCGAUGAUAAGGGUCCUGCCGGUGGAUCAACGGUUACUACUACUGCAAAUGCGAUGUUCACAUUGAGUAUUAACUCCAGAUUAGUCGUGUUAAAGUCACUAUCAAAAUUCCUGAAAACUGCUUUAGUAUCAAAUGACAAUAAUGAACGACUACCUUUAUGGCCAUUUGCAAGCGCGUUCCCAUCACAAACAUCCUUAAAUGCAUUCAACGAACGCAUUUACAGAUCGGGUCAAAGAGAUGUCGAAACACAAACAAUUCAGUGGAAGGAAAGUAAUGGUGGCAGAGAAGCUGCAUGGGAGGAGUAUUUGAAUGGUUAUAGUGCUGAUAUUAUGGAAAUUUCUGAUGGUACAACCCUUGAAGAGCUAAACAAUGCGGUUAUGUCAUUAAGCUCUGCUGAGACAGAGUCAUCAGCUACACAAUCUGAAGCUGAUGUCCUAUCACUAUCUCGAUCGAUGUUCAGUGUGAUCAUCUCAGUUUUCUUAGAAUCGGCACCGUCUGUAUUUACGAUGUCCGGCACAUCGACAGAUUCAGUACAUCUUGAAUCCGUCGUAUCAGUAGUGGAAAUUACGAGAGAACUCUACGGAUAUCUCUUGCGUAAUUCCAUCAACAAAGUGGAUAGUGGUAAAGAGUUAAAUAAUAUUUUAACGCAUAUGUCAAAAUAUUUCCCAUUUGGUGGUGAUUUUGUUCAAAAGCAGACUCUGGAAAUCGAACAACAAAUGCUGAAACUUAACACACUGUAUUGUGAACUAGUAUCUUGCUGGAUACUGUCCAAAUUUUCAAAUAGUAAAGACAAUAGUAAAGCCAAGACAGAUUCAAUCAAUUGGGAGAAGGGCAUGAAAACCCAAGUAGACAGAGUUUGUAGUUGGCUGAGUAGCAUGCUUAAUGGAACCAUGACUACUUCUGCUCAACCAUUAGGUGUCACAAUUUCAGUAGAUACAUACAAGUCACUUAUUCCAUCAUUCUGGGCACUACUCAACUUACCACCUACAGAAAGCGCGUCAGAAGUAAUUCUAGACGCGCUUAUCACGCACUGCGCACAAACAGGAAUAAAGUCCGAUACAAAGACUCUUUCUGUUGACUUUAUAUCACGUGUGUAUCUCACACAAUUUGAGAUUACAUAUCAAGGAUUAUUCAAAUUAUUGAAUAAUUCAAAGCAAGAUCAGAUAUUCACGAAAUGGUUUAACAACUUACCAAAACUAUUAUGGGAGGCUAAUAACUAUAACCUUGCCUUAACUGAGGUGAUAUUGGACACUAUUCAAGCAGUAGUAAUAAUGGAUGUAUCUGGAGAGAGUAAGAAGACGAUAUCACCGGGUUUGAAGCUCUUUUUUGAGGCGAAGCAUCCAAGUAAAGGUAGUAUUCCUGGACCAUGGACACGUAUCAAUGAUGAAUACAUACAUAAACGUGGCAUAGAGCUAGCCUAUCUCACAGGUAUAUCUUCUAUACCUACGGAAGAGCAAUAUUGGAUAAGCUUAAGUCAAUCACAUAGUACAUAG